AUGGGUGACCAAACUGCUAAUCAGAAUCAAGUUUCCAAUGAUGUUGGAAACCGCAAGCCAACUGGAGCCCUGUGGGCUGCCACUGCUCACAUAGUAACGGCUCUUAUAGGAUCUGGAGUUUUGUCAUUGGCUUGGGCCACAGCUCAGCUUGGAUGGAUUUUUGGACCGAUUGUCAUGCUCUUGUUCUCUCUUGUCACUUGCUACACUUUUACCCUUUUCGCUGAUGCAAUUUCUUCUGAGGAACGUGCCGCCUACGACACUUACAUGAAAAUUUUCGAAUCCAAGCUUGAUCGUAUUAAGUUCAAGAUAGGUGAAGUUGUUUAUUACAUAAGCCUUUUUGGAGUUGCCAUUGGCUACACUACAGAAUCAUCUGCAUGCUUGAAUGCUAUCCAAUGGUCAAAAUGGUUUCACAGUGGUGGUGACUACCAUAUGAACCGCAUCUUAUGUGUGGUUAUUUUUGGAGUAAUACAAAUGUUUUUCUCUCAAAUUUAUGAAUGUAAAAUAUUAAGGCGGAUUACAGUAUUCGUAACUGCGGUCACAUCCUUUGCCUACUCAAUGAUUGGUCUUGGUCUUAGUGUCGCUAAAGUUGCAGUAACUGGGAAAUUCAUGGGAAGUUCAACUGGUAUAAGCAUUGGCACUGUUACUGAGACCCAAAAGAUAUGGAGGACUUUCCAUGCAGUUGGGGUUAUCGCAUAUGCAUAUUCUUACUUCAUCAUCUUGAUUGAAAUACAUGGCUCGAUCAAUUCUCCAACCUCCGAAAGGGAGACAUUGAAGAAGGCAUCAAGGGCAUCAGUAAUAAGUGUUGUAUUAACAACUUUAAUCUACAUGCUCUGUGGUUGCUUUGGAUACGCUGCUUUUGGAGACUUAUCACCUGAAAAUCUCGUCACUGGUUUAGGAUUUGAUAAACCAUUUUUGCUUCUAGAGAUUGCCAAAGUAGCCAUAGUUAUUCACCUCAUUGGAGCAUACCAAGUUUACAGCCAACCCCUCUUCAAAUUCAUUGAAAAUGAAGUUUCUCAACAAAAAUUGGCUCGCUUGGUUUGGAAGACAAUUUUUGUGGCUAUAACCAGUUUCAUGUCAAUGCUCCUUCCAUCCUUCAACGAUGGGGUUGGUCUCAUUGGAGCCUUGGGGUUUUGGCCAUUCACAGUCUACUUUCCUGUUGAGAUAUACAUAAAGGAAAAGGAAAAGAAAAAGGAAAUAGAGAAAUGGAGUAAAAAGUGGAUUUGGCUCCAAAUCCUAAGUUUUACCUGCUUCAUUAUUAGCAUUGCUGCUGCUAUAGGCUCUAUUGCAGGAUUUGUUCUUAACCUCAAGACUUUCAAGCCUUUCAAGUUCGCUAACUAA